GCAGGGUCAGAUUUCAAAGGCUUAGCAGCACCCUCUGUAAAAUCCUUGAUAAUUCAGUUCCAAAGGUAUGGCAACCAACGAAACAAACUCCCCAGUGGCGGAAUCCGAUUCGAAUCCAACCCUGGAGACACAAAUUGCUACACUGUACAGAGCAUUGGCAAAAAGUGACAGACAGGCUGUAGCAAAAUUGGUGGCGACUGACCUGGAGUAUUGGUUCCAUGGACCUCCAAACUGCCAACACAUGAUGCAGGUUCUUACGGGGGAAUCCGGCCGAACCGACUUCAAUUUCGAGCCCAGAAGCAUUGACGUUGUUGGUGAGUAUGCGAUUGCUGAGGGAUGGGAAGGGAAAAAUGUGUACUGGGUCCAUGUGUGGACCUUAAAAGAUGGUGUGAUAACACAAUUUAGAGAGUAUUUCAAUACAUGGCUUACUGUGAGGCAUACAAGGCCACGGAGCUGGCAUGAAAGGCGCACAUUGUGGCAGAGCCAACCCAGAGACCUUGCGCGCCGGUCGUUGCCAGGGGUUGUACUGGCUAUCUAG